AUGCCAGAACAAUGUUUUUUACGUUGGAGGCGUAAAUAUGGGAAUAUAUUUACAAUUUGGUUUGGAGAACAGCCACAAGUUUGUGUGGCUGAAUAUAAUAAAAUUAUUGAAACAUUCCAAAAAGAUGGAGAAGCAUAUUCUGGACGUUUUGGAUUUGAAGAAUUUGAUAAACUUGUUAGAGGAGGAACUUAUGGUGUAAUAAUGACUGAAGGUGAACUUUGGCGAGGACAGAGACGUUUUGCUUUGCAAAUAUUUAGAGAUUUUGGGCUUGGAAAGAAUUUAAUGCAAGAUAAAAUUUUAAGUGAAUUAGAAUUAUUAUUUGAGAGAAUUGAAGAAGAAAUAAAACUAGAGAAGGAUGUUGAUUUUGGUGAAAAUAUUGAUAUAAGUGUUGGUUCUAUUAUUAACAAUUUCCUUUUUGGGUAUAGAUUUGAUAAUGAAAGGCUUGGAGAAUUCCGCCAACUUAAAAAAUUGAUGGAUAUUAUUUUAGAUACAGGAUUUCAUCCAUCGAUGGUUUUAAUACGAUUAUGGCCCUCAUUACGAUAUUUACCUUUUGUUAAUUCUUAUUUUGAAUAUCUGAAAGGAGUAGAUAACCAAUUAUUUGAUUUCCAUAAGAGACAAAUUAAAGAACAUUUAAAUUCAAUUAAUUCACCUCCAACAGACUUUGUAGAAGCUUUUUUGUUAGAAAAACAGCAAAAGGAUUUAAUAGGAGUACCUCAUGAUUUUACGAUUGAGCAACUAGUAGGAGUUGCUAACGACCUCUGGUUUGCCGGUCAAGAAACAACAAGCACCACAUUAAAUUGGGGAAUUGCUUUUUUAAUUAAUAAUCCAAAUGUUCAAGACAAAGUACAUGCAGAAUUGGAUUCGAUUAUUGGAGAUUUCGAUAGAAUUAUUACAACGGCAGAUAGGCCAUCCUUGCCUUAUUUAAAUGCCUUAAUUAACGAAAUUCAGCGAAUGGCAAAUUUAGUCCCUCUAAAUGUAGCUCAUAAAUUAACAAGAGAUGUUAAAAUUGAUGGAUAUUAUAUACCAAAAGAUACAACCAUUAUUCCACAAAUUUCAGCAGUUUUGGCAGAUGGGGAAAUUUUUGAAAACCCUGAAGAAUUUAGUCCGGAACGUUUUCUAGAUGAAAAUGGGAAACUAAAAAAAGUUGAUGAAUUAAUUCCCUUUUCGAUUGGAAAAAGGCAAUGUUUGGGAGAAGCUUUGGCAAGAAUGGAAUUAUUCUUAUUUUUAGGAAAUUUAUUAAAUAAAUAUAAAUUUAUGCCUGGAAAUGAUGGAAUUCCUUCAUUAAAACGAAUUAAUGGGGGAACAGCUAGAUGUAAAAAAUUUAAAUGCCGAAUUAUAAAAAGAGAAGAAUCUUGUUCUAAUUAA